CGAUCAUUCGACGGCGAGCGCGCACCCUCUCCACACACAGGCACACCUUCCCUGCUCUCACCGAUAAGUAGAAAACAUCUCCACCUUUGUUCAUUAUAGUGCGUGAGAACCUCUAGUGAACGAUUCAAGUGUGCCCAAGGGACUGCCAUUGGUCAUCGCCCAGCCAGCCAGCCAGCCAUUCCGCCAGCCGUCAAGCCAGGCAGCCAGCCACAGCCAGCCACUAUACACUGCCAGCGUUCGCCACGUCCAGCCAGUCGCGCCACGUGUGUACAAGAGAGCGGUAGUAAGCCUGCGCUGCUCCACCCGCACCCAUCUUGCCAUAUUUCUUGGCAGACACGAGACAACGUGGACCGAUCCGACUCUGUUCCCUCGAAGGCGUAGCAUAGGAGUCCGCCUGAGGAGAUUCAUCCCGGAGUGAGGGAGCGCCACGCCGUCGCCGCCGCCCGAGUGCUAGCCAGGCCGCCCAACACCCCAAUCCGCCGCAGGACCGCCGCACCAUCGACUGCAACAAAGGAAUCCUGGAGGGCCACAGCUUUCCCAGGCUGGCGUUGCUAUUCUUUAGGUUUUUGAACAACAUGGACGUUUUCCCAGUGGUUCUCUAGCACGAGGUGGUGAGGACGUCAGCUGCUGGGGCCACAACUCACCAGACAAGUCAUCGCCAGGACCGCGGCCCGCCACCCCCGCCGUCACCAGCAUCACCGCCACCCGCAUCCCAGCUUACCGUUGUCUGACAAGAUGGUGACCGAGGGCAAGAUGAACGCGAAGCUGGUCAUCGAGGACCGGACGGAGGUGCUGCACCAGCGCCUCGACCAACUCAACAUGCUGCGCAAGAGCCGACACUUCUGCGAUGUUGUCCUGCAGGUUGGGAGCUCUGAGAUCCACGCCCACCGCGCCGUGUUGGCCUGCGCCUCGCCCUACUUCUUCGAGCUCUUCACCUCCGAGGACGAACGGAAAUCUGCCCAUGAAGGAAAGCUCCUGUACAAGCUCAGCAGUGGCUUUGAGCGUGACUCUGUGGAACACCUUGUGAACUAUGCCUACACGGGCCGCAUGGAGGUGCCCGACCCCAUGGUAAAGGCUGUGUUCAUCGCCGCCCGGAGGCUGAAACUUGAGUCCGUGGCUCGUGCCAGCGGGGAGCACCUAGUGGCCCACCUCACCCCGGAGAGCUGCCUGGCUGUGCGCGCCAUCAACGGCAUCGCCUCCAACAAGGACCUGGUCGCCCGCGUUGACGAGUACAUCCAGCAGCUGGGAGACUUGGUGCAGGUGACCCAGGACGCCCUGACUCUGCCGCGCCUCCAGGUGACCGUCAUCCACAGGACCCACGACGAGGCUGCCAUCACCGGCCGCGCGCUCUGCACCCUCGUCCUGGACUGGGUCAGGAAGCAGAUGGAGGACGAAGAGCUGCAGUUGGACUCGAUGAAGGAAAAGAAGCACAUGCUGUACCUCAACAUCGAUAACUCCCUUCAUGACUGUUGUGAUAUUCGCUCCGGGGACCUCCACGAUUCCGACAUUGUCCAGGAUUAUAAGAAGAUGUCGAGGAAGCUGUCCCAGAACAAUAUGAAGGCUCGAAGAAAGUCCACCACACCCCAGCCGGUGAAGCCUCGCCUGCUGCUAUACUCCCGCAGCAUCUCUGACCUGGACGAGGGUGAGCAGGACCAUGACUGGAAGCUGAUCUCCUUCACACAGGUGUCAGAGAGUUCUUGGGUGGCAGUAGUGGCCCUACAUGGCUCUGUGGCUGUGAUGUCUGUACAGCAGAAAAUUGGUGGCUCUUCCUCCCCCACCUCCACGCCUGUGUCAUCAAGACCUGCCUCUGUUGAGAAGGUAGACAGCUACAUGAUUAUCCCUCACAUGUCCUCCCCCAAGUGUGCCACUGGGACUGGCAACUUCAAUGGCCAGUUGCUGGUGUGCGGCGGAUACGACCGCGGGGAGUGCCUGAAGACCGUUGAGGCGUACGACCCCAAGCUCAACAGGUGGAUUGAGCAGCCAGGCAUGCAGCAGGGCCGAGGCCGCUUCGAUCUGACCGUGCUCGACAGAGUGGCGUACGCUAUAGGUGGCUGUGAUGGGUCCCGGGAGCUGAGCAGCGUGGAGGUUCUGGAGGAGAACUCUCGGAAGUGGAAAAGUGUGGCACCGCUGCCCCUUGCUCGCUCCAACACUGGUGUGUGCAAUUUGGGGUCGCAGGUGUACUGCAUCGGUGGCUGGAACGGCCAGUACGGCAUCAAGCAGUGUGACGUCUACAGCCCUUCGGCCAACACCUGGACAACCAUUGCCUCGCUCCAUGUUGGUCGUUACCAAGCUGGGGUUGCUGCCUUUAACAACGCUGUGUAUGCUGCUGGAGGCUGUGACUCCUGGAACUGCCUCAACUCUGUGGAGGUGUAUGAUACGGUCACUAAUAUCUGGAGGUUUGUGGCCCCCAUGACCACCCCUAGGCGAGGCUGUGGUGCUGAAGUGUUCAAUGGAAAACUGUACGUGAUUGGUGGAUCAGAUGGGGCACACAGUCUGUGCACCACCGAAGUCUAUGAUCCUGAGACCAACACCUGGAUGCCGGGACCCUCAAUGACCACCUGCCGGGCCAACGUGGGCGUGGCGGUGGUGAAUGGACGGCUGUAUGCUGUGGGGGGAUUUUCAGGCAAGAACUUCCUCAACAGCAUCGAGUACUUGGACCCGGCCACGGGGGAGUGGACCAACUUCACCCCAAAGCCGGAGGGGUUGUCUGUCUCGCAGGAUCAGCUUAGCAUCAGGGGCAGGGACCGGCCUGGAACCCCAAGGAACAAAGAUAGUUGUGCUAAUGGUCAUGAUAACAUUACUGGUUUGUCCAAUGGUCAUGUGGCAGAAAAUGGGUGUAAUGGGCUGUCUAAUGGACACAUGCCAAGAGCUACAACCUGUCAGUGAAGUCAGUGAAGGUAAGAAGGGGGGAUAUAAAUCACUGCUCCCCACUGUGGGAAAGUUAGUAUAUCAUGAAAGGUUCCCAGGGUUGAUUACAUUUUCAUAUAUCAGUACAUCCAUGUAUUCACACCUAGAAGAAACAUCACUAAGCUUCCUGUCAGUGUAGCAGAGGGCAGGUGUCUGGUCUGACGUCACCAACAUACCCAUUGUGUGUCACUCUGUAUGCACCAGUGUUUGCAAGGCUCCUCCAAGUGUUACCUCUUCUGACAACUCUUCCCUCUGGAAGUAGGUGCCUUUCUUGCCUCCUCAAGUGAAAAGUCCCACUCGCCGCUCACACCGGUACUCUGCCUACUUAACCCUUGUGGCUAGAGACUAUACGUAGGAGGUGAAUCAGUAGCAGGGUUAUGGAGAACGCUAAUAUUAAUCUGCAUUUAACAGUACUAAUGUUAAAGGCCAUUGUUAUUUCAUAUGUAGCUGUGGUGAUCAUUUUCACUGACAUGAGGAAAUGCCCUGAUCUUUACACUGUGCCUAAUUUGCUUCUUGAAGACUUCUCAUUGGGGUACUGAAAAAUAGCUUUUUUUUUUCUGAUCAUGGUUGAAGGGAUCAAUUAUACUCCUAAGCCAUUUGAUUCUAACUUUUAUCUAGGGUGCCACACAUACUGCCCAAGAUAACCAACACAGGAAAAGAAAGACGGUCUAGUGCCAAAAUUGAUUCAAAAGUGUCUUGCCUUAGCUAGGCGUCUCAUUUCUCAGCAGGAUCUUGUUGGUGCACUACUGUUCCCUUUUCUUGCUAAGUUUAUCUCUAAUGGUCACGGUUAACAAGUCUACCUAACAGUGCACUGGGAGACUGUGUUUCAGUUGGUUUGAUACAUCUGAAGCUCUUGCUCCUCCCUCAUAUAUUUUUGUAUUUUCAUGAUAGUCUUAAUAUUGACAAUUUGAAAAGAGAGCUCCUCACAAUACAUGAAAUACAAAUAAAUGAUUUAUAUUCUCUGCAGAGGUUUGUCUAAAGAUUUUCCAUGUUGCCACACCAUUGUCAUCCCCCUGCUCUAGAUGGCUGUUAGCGCCAGCCUCUGAAGGCACAAACCCACCAGCAGGGAUAUGUCCAUAGGAGAUGAGAGGGAGUUUAGAGAGAUUUACUAUGUAUCAUGCACAGGAGCUCCCAGUCACCAGGCUCUCCAUCAUGGUGACUGUUGUACUUGCUUGUCAGACCUCCUCCGUCCAGCUGCUGCUACUGUGCUCCUAUUGUGUUGCUGUCACACCGUGAGUCAUCCCUCAAGGAUUUGCUUUGCUUGACUGCUGAAGAAACCAUACUGGGCAGAAUGUGUAUCACUUUAUAUGGUGGUGAACUCUAUAACAAUGGUUAAUAGAUAUAUAUACGUAUGUAUAUUCAUAUAUAUAUAUAUAUAUAUAUAUAUAUAUAUAUAUAUAUAUAUAUAUAUAUAUAUAUAUAUUUAUAUUUAUAUAUAUAUAUAUAUAUAUAUAUAUAUAUAUAUAUAUAUAUAUAUAUAUAUAUAUAUAACGGACCCGCUUAUAACUGAUUUUUGAUGUAACGGACAAGGUCAGAGGGUCAGAAAUUCACUGGGACCGACUGAGAAUGUUUUUUGAAUGAACUGCGCCCGGCAACUACAUUAUCAUCUGCUAGCCACCUCACCCCCUCCCAUUAUCUGCUGUCCCAUCCUUCGAUUACUGUAGGCUUUUUCAGCCUACCUGAUGAAAUAUUUUCCUCCUUGUGGUUCCCAUUCAAAUGAACGUAUUUUCACCACAAGAAAGUCUUAUGCAUCAAUCCAGGGCGUAAAUGUAAUGGAAAAUAGCCAAGUGUUUGUGAGUGUUGGUACUGACACAGCUUCAGGGAUCGCCUGUUGGGUAGGUUAGGUUAGAUUUGGUUAGUUUGAAUUUAUUCCGGACUCGGUGUGGGGUGGCAGAAAUACAAGGUGCAAGAUGGGACAGGGCGGCGGUGUUGCGUGAAAUACCUCCUCACAGGAAUACGUUGCUCUGGUGCCCACCACACAUGCGCACUGGGGGAAUACAAGGCAGCGAAAGCAUUAAUUUGCCUGGUUUUGUUUUAGUUUGUCCACUUGUGAUCCUUGUGAGUGGUGCGUGAAGUAGAGAAACAGUAAGCAAGUUGAACCUCUCUGAGAGUUAUUUUGUGACUGCGGUGACGAGUGUACAACAGGCAUUGAAAAGUCAGUUAUAUUGAUUUGUGACAGAAACAGUUAGCAGACUAUUUCAUAACACAGAAAACUGCCAAAAGAAAAAAAGUUUCGUCUGCCAGUGCAAGAUAGACGCACUUGUAAAAUUUUACCCAUACCUGUAACAAUAUGGCCCCUCCGCAGGGCCUCAUUGCCAACUUGGCAGCCUCAGUGCAUUGCAGUCCAUUGCUAAGUGUGCUGUGCGGUUCUGCAGACAAUGUGGAGACAACAUACACAAUAUAUAAAAAAAAAAACUAUAUACCUACGUUUAUUAGGUCGUUGGUAUUAUUGUACCUAUCUUUAAAUUACCACCACUUAUAGCGGACUUUCAGCAUUAACGGACUAAGGUCCCCCCAACUAGUCCGUUAUAUCGAGGGUUUAAUAUAUAUAUAUAUAUAUAUAUAUAUAUAUAUAUAUAUAUAUAUAUAUAUAUAUAUAUAUAUAUAUAUAUAUAUAUAUAUAUAUUGGAUGUGCUACUGAAUGUGUUUCUGGAUGUGUUUCCCUUUAUACAGAACUUAGAAUGUGUACUGACUUGUCUUGCAGUAAAUCUUAAUUAUAUUAUUUCUAUGAAAUAAUCAGAUGACAGUGGUCAGGUUAUUUGGCAGGGGAAUGAAAUUUGCUAUGUAUAUUGUUGUUUUAAGUAUACUCUACACUUGAUAUAGUGCAUAAUAUUUCUGGCUACUAAUACAGUCUUGUCUAGUGUUGCCGGCUGACAGGGAGGGAGCCCUUGGGUGGGGCAUCUUGUCUCCUGUGUCCCUUGUCUCGCAUUGGGGACUUUGUCUCUCCAUUUUCAAGACAUUCUGUAUCCUUUCAUGAAUGUAAGUCAGCCUUAAAUAUGUACUCACAGGUGUUAAGUUAAAAAUGAUCCUGUGAUACUGGACAAGCUGAUCUAGAAAGCAAACGGAGCCAAGAGUUAUGACUAGACUCACACCUUUGCCUUUCAUACGGUAUGGCUUGCCACUAUGUUUCCAUUGUGUUAUUUGUAGGAAGCAUCUAUAAUUGUUCCAUAUUUAAGAUAUCUUAGUUGCUUCCACUCCUAUACUUUCUCAUGUUAUGGAUCUGGUAGAAGUGAUACAUUAUUAUUUAAGACAAGACCCCUAUUACACUGACUGUGUUUGGCCUGGUGGGCAGUAUAUGAGAGGAAGGUGGGACAAGGCAGUCCUCCUCAUAACACUAGUUCUGUCUUUGCUCAAUUUUUCUCUCCUUUAUGUCAAGCUCCACAGUUUGGUCAAGAACAGUCUGGCUGAAGCCUUUUUGUCCUCUUAACUUCCUCAGAGAUCCCAAUGUCUAUUUUUUAUAUAAAAAUACAGCCGCUGUUUUCAGGGGUCCUUGUGCCAUUCCAAGACACUGAACUUGGAUCAACUUGGGUGUGUACAACAGUGAUAUUCAAAUUGCAAAGAAAUUAAUAGAGAGAAAAGUGAGGGUUUCACUGAUGAGUGGUUUAUUUUCCCAGUGAUAUUGUUUGUAGAAACCAACAAUUGCUACGGAUUGGCUAACUCUCCGCAACAAGUGUCGCUCUUCUUCAUUGCGAAUACUUGCUGCAACUGUUACAUUUAAGUCACCUGCAUUGAAAAAAAAUCUGCCUCCCUGAAAUCCCUGCUACCCUUCUGGGUUUGAAAGCAAGGAAGUAUUCAGGAAGUUAGAUGGUUCUUUUGCUAAAAUUUGCAAUGCCUUUGUAUCAUGGCAAGUAUUUUUCACCACUGGAAGAGUGACUUAAACUGAGUGUGUGCUCUGCUGGCUUCCUCACCAAGCACAGCGCCACCAGUAGCGUGCAGCACCCGAGCACCACGCUGCAGGCCAAGGCUUCCCCCCCUGUGCUCGAUUGUCCCGGGGCGAGAACCACCACAUACCUCACCUUACCUACUAGAGCUUGGGGCAGACGGUUACUCUUGUCGUGGGAUUACCUAGAGCUGUGAUAACACUUUUUUUCCACCCUCACUACUCUUGAAAUAUUGGAGUGAGUUUCAAUUGGUAAUUUAAUGUACAAGAUAUUCCUUUGAAAAUUGUUACACAUAUAUUAUAUAUAUAUCUACAUAAGGUGUCAGUAAGCAUAUCACCACCCCUGAUGAUCUUUUCAUAAUGAUGUUAAUUGGGUGAGUUUUAAUGUGGAUUAUUUAAUUUAAUCUUGUAUAAGAGACUUGUGUUGGUCAACCAGACCUGAAACAUUUUGUAUGAUAUUAACAGUACAUCAGGACUGUCUGAAUGUGCUGCUCACUUGGUCACCCUCGUACAUCACAGUAAUAACUUAUGAAGACA